GCACGUUGCUCUUCUAGUGAACCGGGCUGGGCCGUCCCGGCGUUUGUAGUGCAUGUUGGGAUACUGGAGGUUCUGCUGCUUUUUCCUCUCUGGGGGGGUCUGGGCUAAGGCUGCAGCUGCAAGAUGGACGUUUUUCUUAUGAUCCGACGUCACAAGACAACCAUCUUCACAGACGCCAAGGAAUCCAGUACAGUGUAUGAGCUGAAAAGAAUUGUGGAGGGGAUUCUUAAGAGACCCCCAGAGGAACAAAGGCUAUACAAGGAUGAGCAGCUCCUGGAAGACAGCAAAACCCUCGGAGACUGUGGCUUCACCAGUCAGACAGCACGGCCCCAGGCACCAGCGACAGUUGGCUUGGCCUUCAGAACCAGUGAAGAUGCCUUUGAGCCCCUCCGCAUUGAUCCCUUCUCCAGCCCCCCGGAGCUCCCAGACGUGAUGAAGCCCCAGGACUCCAGCAGCAGCGCCAAUGAGCAAGCAGUGCAGUGAGAGCCAGAGGGCAGCGGAGCGGGCUGCGCAACCCAUGGCACCCCUCCUCACUCCACCCACCCUUUCUCAAUGCCCCAGUGUGGAGAGAGGCAUGGCACUGCCCCUUCCCUCAGGUCCAUGUUCCCCAGUUACUGUCCCCCCUCUGAGCAAGACCACACAUCCUCCCAAACCUCUCCUCACUCAUCACGGAGCUAUGUUUUCAGUUUGGUUAUGAAAACAAUAAAAGCUCAGCUCUUUUUUUUCCCC